UUUUUCUAGAAUAUUUAUAUAUAUUUAUAUUUAUUUGUAUAAUAUUUAAAAUAUCGCAGAUGCAAUAGCUAUUGAUGACCCAUAAAGCAACAGGUAACCGAUCGAACCAAGAACGAAAGUUGAAAUAGUGUUAAAUGUGAACCGUGCAACAUUACAUUGAUAAAAUUGUAUGGCGGCAACCAGUUUUUCCCAUAAUCCUCUCACUUUUUUUUUUUUCCGCUGCAAUUUUGUACGGUUAUAUUUCAUAGCGUUUACGACCCGAGUCGUAACGAUCAAGCAGUUCACUUUAUACUAUCCUGCUACCAGACAAUUCUUUUUAUCUCUCUUAAUAAGAUAAAUUAACCGAUAUUCGAAGAUAAAUCUCGUUCGAUCGAAUUUUUUCCUCUCUUUCUUUCCAACAAAAAAAAAUAGGAUUAUCGAUACGAAAUGGAGCCCGUUUUCUUUUCCCGUGGAUCUCGUUAAUUCGAACGAUUUGAAAAAAGAACUAACAGGAAAUAAUAAUAAUAAUUAUAAUAAUAAUAAUUAAAAAAACAGCACAGACGAAUGUGUCCCUACCUAACCAGGAGACCAGAUGGAUCUAGAGCGAUAGAAAGUGGCUUCGUUCCAAUUUUUUUUUUUUUUUCCCCUCCCCUCUGUGACCCGUACCACGAUUGCCCAAGCGUGUCCGUUAUUAAAAAAGAUUAUUAAAUUAUUAAACCGUUUAUAAUAGAUAUAUCUUUAAUAGGAUGAUUCACGUGAAAGCCGCCUAACCAUGUUGUGUUGUUAUGUCGUUUGCCCGUAUACAAUCAUUAAUAUAUCUAUCAUUAUUAUCUAGAAGGGAAAACAACGGUAUCGUUCUUAUUAUUCGUUCUCUCGAAUUCUUUAUUCGCGUUUUUGUUUUUCGCGUUUUCGCGAUUCGUGUUGUAAUCGUGUGAAUUUUUAUGCAACUAAUAAAAAAAAAAUAGGAAUUAUUAAUUAUCGUUUCGUAAUAAUCGCAGAAUAGAAUAUAAAGUGAAAGGUAUUUGGUUUUAUUCCCGUACUUUGACCGUACGACAUGGCGAAAGAGGUCGAAAACGCGAAAUUUUUUGCAAAUCUAUUUUAAAAACGUCACGAUUUACCAUUGUCAAUGUAUGUACAAAUUUUUCUUUUAGGAUCCUUGCUGGAACUUUGUGUCGAAUCGAUCGGGAUUUAAAAAAAAAAAAAAUUGUUAAAACCAGGAGAAAUUUCUGUACGUAGAGAAAGAAAAAAAAGAAUAAUCGGUCAACCGUGUUACGUUUGCAUAGAAUGAAUAAAAUACGUAGAGAAAAAUACAUUUUGCAAAUUAAUCGCGUGGUAAUUGAUCCGGAACAGAAAAAAGAAAUAAUUUGUCUCAACUUUAUUAAUAAAUAAUCCUGCUUGGAAGGAAAUGUAUCUGCAAUAUAUAAAAAAAAAAAGAAGAAGAAAAAAAAUAUAAUAAAAAUACUGCGUACAAGAUAAACAAAAAUUAGAAUUUCAACGAAGAAUUCAAAUGCACGAAACGUUGUUGUUGUUGAAAAACACGCGAACGUCGCAUAAAAAAUUACAAACGACGAAUAUAGACACGGAUUAUUCCAUUAUUAAACGAUUUUGCUUAAAUAUUCAUCGUUCCAUCUUUUUUUCGUAUCCACGUAUUUGUAAAAUCCACAGAGAGAAAGGAAGAAUGAUUGAUUGGAAGAAAAAAAAAAAAAGAAAAAGGAAAAAUCGAUUUACGCGACUCGAUGUUGUUGCACGAAACAAGAAUGGAUUCUUUUCUUGAUUCGCUCUUCUUUCUAAUCAAGGGAGAAGUAAGAAAUGGAAUCGGCGAUCGUCGAGGUAAUUGUGAUUCUAUCGAGCAACGACCUUGAAAGGAUCUGCACCAUAAAAGGUGUUCGCUCGACAUCUGGUGCUACGGUAUGGCGCGAUAAAACCGCUUAAGGCCGGUCAGUAAACCGAUUUAACGGUGCUUCGCGAUACGUUACGAAAUUUACGAAUGUAUAUAUGUAAUCCGAUCGAGUAUCUCUCUUUUUCUCCUUCUGUUUAGAAAAUUAAUUAGUUUUCAACGGUUCGUUUGUAAUCGUUUAUAACUUAUUUGUAAAUUAUUUUCUUUUCUUUUUUUUUUUUUGAGCAGAACGAAUAUAAUAACUCUGUUUGGAUUAUUUGGAUUAUUUUUAAUUUCUGUGACGAUAAAAACGAUGAUUUUAUAGAUCGAAUCUUUACGUUAUCGAACGUUGAUACGUCGAUGUAUUAAUGGCAACAAUAAUCUUGCUCUUACGAGUUUAUUCCAUAGUUCGAGCAUUGAAAAUUUAACGAUUACUUUUAUUACAAAAGAUACGAUUAAUCGGCGGUUGGAUAUGGAUGUGUUACAAUCGCGAAAUAGUAGGUCAAUGCGAGCCUAGUAAAAUUUUAAAACAACUUUUGUGCCGAUUACAUAGACGAGCAUAGGUAGGAACUAGAAUGGUAACUUUCUCAGCAGUGUGGGAGCGCGUCGAACUUGUCCUUGCUUUGUUUCUUCUAUUGCGAACUUAAUAAACCGAGUCCAGAGUUUAUUCACCUGAACAAACUCGUCGCUUCCUCUCUCUCUCUCUCUCUCGAUCACGAAUUCUCAAAUAAUUCGAAUCCCUCGAAACAAAGAAAUCGUUUCAUUUCUUCCACGAUCUUCUUCGAUGAACAGAGAAUCCGUCGAGAGAAGAGGUAAAAGAUACGCUCUUUCUUUGGAUCGAAAGCUGACCGAUCGGUCUUGGAAAAACCGAUUAAGUAAAUCCGUUUCGUCCCGAUUUCCACUUAAGACGACCCCUCGAGUUGCGAAAGCUUGUCGUCGGCUGCGUUUCGCAUGCGCCGCGCCUCCUAUUAGAAAUCGCACCCCCAUAAUUGCGAGUGCAACGGCGGAAGUGAGCGUGCUCGGUGCACUGUCAUUAGGCGCUGCCAAUAUCCCGAUCGGCGCACGGGAAAAAUACACGGUUCGUCCGCGAUCGCGGGAAAGGGGGAGGAAAAAGAGAAAAAGAGGAAGAGAAAAGAAGGAAGAGGAAAAAUAAUAAAAAAGGAGGGGGGGACGAUCGAUCGAAUAUAAAGCAACCAUUUUUUCGAUACGAACGAUCAGUUUUUCACGCGUCGCGAUUCCACGUUUCUCAAUUUCUCUUUUUUUCUUCAUGUCGCUUCCAAUAUACGUACGUCGAUCGACUUUUUCAUAGAUAGAUCCCGAUAGAGGGAUCUAUUUGGAAAUGACGCGAUUCGACGAGUUUCGUCGCAAGAAUUCGCGCGGAUUCGAAUUCAGCAUCGAGUGUGGUCGUUGAGCAGAAGAUACAUCAUAUCGAGUAAUUCGAGCCAGAAUGUCGAGAAGAUUGUCGAAGAUCUAUCCGUUGCUCCUGUUCUUCAUAUGGACGAACCUGGUGAUUUCGAUGCCCGCUCCUCCGCCCUCGAGGCGAUCGUUCGAGGCAGCCUCGGGCGACGUGGCUGGGUUCUCCAACGUGCCGAAAAUUCUUGAGAUUCAAUUACCCCUGAGGAUCGCGACGAAGGAGGAUCUGGUCGCUUGGGCCAGGUACGUGAUGGGUUUGAUGGCGUCCCGUAUAAACAUCACUCUGACCACGGUGAAGGAGUCGCCCUCGAGGGUUGUGGGGGGUGGAACGGAGAAGAUGGCGAAGCAGGCACGCCAGUAUCCGGUUAGAAAUAAUCCGGCGUAUCGUUAUUUCGAGGCCGAUGGAUCCACGGCGAUGGACGACGACGGUUUACGACACCUCGUAAAGAGUUUCGAGAACGCGAGAUACGCGGAGAACGCGAGGAGCCUUGGACGCGCGACCAGCAUCGACAAGAUACCUGCGCCUGUCAGGAUCGUGGGGGACGUCGAAAACUCGGCGCGAAACGGAGACGUCCAGUCGUACUCCACUUCCCGGUUGCCGACGAUAGCCAUGGUCGACGGAGCGAUCGGCAAGAGUUCGUUCAACGAUCGGCGACCGAUUUUCCAGCCGAUUUUCGCCAUCUCGGACAGCACGAUUCCAAGCCCUCUCGAUGUAAAUAUCCCGGGAGCCAGCAAGCAUCCGAUCGACGACUCGUUCGACUCGGCGAAUUCGUUGAAAACGGGGGAUCGGCAAUUGUUCGUCCCCCAAUUUCCCAACUUUGGGCCGGCCAUCGAGCUCAAGCCCAACGACAUCUUUCCGACGAGCGCCGUCUCGCCCCCGACCAGAGCUUACCUACCCGUGGCCACGACCACCGUCGCCGCCCACGACAACGUCGAGUUCCCCAACGACCCGUUCGUGGCCAGAUACCUGCUCUACGGAAGGAACGUUUCGAGCAACCUCCUUCCGGACACCGUCGCUCCGCUCCUCGAGAUUGCCUCGUCCCCGCCAACGGGAAGAAACGUCUCGCCAUCUCGAAACGACAUCGGGAACACGACGACGGCAACGCCUCUGUUCAACGUUCCUUUCGAGGCGGUGAUCACGUUCACGCGCGACCAUAUCCGGCCAACCGCGGACUCCGGGGACGAGGGUGGCGAGUACUCCGCUCUCGAGGAUCGAUUUCCACCCUACUUCGAGUACACCUCGAAUCGCACGUUGACCAACGAGUCGGGCCAGAUCAACGUGGUGCUGGACGACGAGGGGCGCACGAUCGAGGCAGGGGUGAAGGAGGAGAGGAGGAAGGAGGAGAGGAAGAAGGACGAGGGCUCGAAGGGGGAGAAGUCGAAGAAACGGAAACCAGAGAAGAAGACGUCGCCCCUCGGCCAGUUGAUCAAGUCGUUCGCGGCGCUCAGGAGGAAUUCCACCCUUGCGACCAAUCUUGCACCCCCUCUUCCGUCCAAGCAGCAAACUUCGUCGACCACGCAGAGGAUUCCCUCGCGCCAGGAAAUACCACCACCGACGAGGACGCAGCUCUACUCUACGACGGAGAAAACUUCUGCGCUCAGACAAGGAAGACGUAAUGCGACGUCUCUGGCGCAACAACAAAUCGAGGGAACAAGACGGGAGAAGGAAAGGGGAGGAGGAGUUGGCGCGAGGGAGGAGGACGAGAGCAAAGAGGGCGACAACGGGGAUCGAGAGGGAAUCGAGAACGAGGCUUCCAGCGAGGAGGAAAAUUCCAGCGAAGAGGGAGGAGGCGGUCCUAUCAAAGCCAUCAUCGAUCUUCUUCAACUCGCUGCGCCAAUUCUGGAAGAUCUGAGCGACCCUGAAUCCGAAACCGACAUUGCCGACGUGCUCGAAGUAGGGAUCCCGUUGCUCCAAGACUUGUCGCAAGGAGACGACGAAACGCCAGGUGUCGACUUUCCAGGAUUAUUGGUCCCGAUUUUGUUGCAAAUUAGCGGAGAGGACGGGCAGAGGGAUUCAGGCGCCAUUUUGACACCGUUGCUUCAACUAAGCGCGCCGCUCAUAGGACCCCUGGUCGGCCCGUUGGUCGGCCCGUUGAGUCGCCAGAGCAGCCAGCCUGCAGGUCAAGGAUCGUCGAUCAGCAACCUGAUCAAAGGUCUCCUGGCUCCGUUGCUCGAGCCAAUCGGCCCGUAUGGAAAGAUGACGCAACUUUCGAACCUGAUCGCCGGAAUCGUCUCUAGUCUUAGCAAAAAUUCAGGGGCUGGUGGCGCGUCCGAUUUGACGAGCCUCGUGAAAGCCGUGGUCGCCGGAUCGGUGGCAGGAACGAGCGCAGGCUCGAGCGGGAACAAAGACUCUUACGGAGCUGCAUAUGGUACAGACAAUUCUUAUAACGGUUAUCUUAAUGCACCGUCGAAGAACACCUCGCUCGGCUCUUCCAUCAAUGACAUCCUUAACGCGAUAUUAAAAGUGGUCGCCUCGUUGGUGAACGCCAUUUCCGCAAUUUUGGCCGCCUCGUCGAACAGCUCCAACGAACCUCAACCCUAUCCCUCGCCGCCCAAACCCUACGCCAAACCCUAUAAAAUGAUCCGCCCAGCCGAUUAUGUUAGCAUAACAACCGGAAAACCGGAACGUGUAAGAAUAUAAACGAUCAAUUCUUAGAAAAUUAUUUUUCUUUUUUUUUUAAAUAGCGUUAGAAGAGAUAAGCGAAUUAUCGACGUUGUAUUUCGACGAUGAUUCUUGACAAGUCGUUUGCUCGUUUAACAUCGAGAUUUUUAAACAAAUUUUACGUCGAAGGAAUCAACGAAAUAUAUUUAGAAAUAUAAAUAUAUAAGGGUUUUUAGAAUAUAUUUUUUAGAGGAACAAACUUACGUCUUUCGAUUUGUACAAUCAAUAUAGAAAUAUUGAUCUUUAGAUUUGUCGUUUUUUUUUGUAUAGUAAUGAGAAAGAAAAAAAGUAUUCCACUUUUUGAUUGAAAUUCAAUUGAAUCGAAUUUAUCGAUUCGAUCGUUGUGAAUCAAGAAUAUGAUAUAUUCAUAUAUUCGAGAGAAUAUUAAUGAGAUACAUUACACGACACGUAAUAAAAGAUAAGUAAUUUUUAAAAAUAUUUUUAAAAAUAUUCUUUGUGAUCGGAAUAUGAUAACAUUAUAAGAGCCGAUUUGCAAUCUGUAAUUAAUGAUAUACAAUAAUUAAAAAUCAUAAGCGUGCCCGAUAAUCCAAGGAUGCGGAAUACGUCACUAAAUAUAUAAACGGACACUUUCGAUUCGACCUGAUUCGUUCUCCACUUUGAUCAAACAUAUAUAUUAACUAUUACUUUUUACUAUUAUAUAUCCAUUUAUAUCCAGAGAAGGCAACGUUAAGAAACCUCGUUCCAAUUUUAAAAUGAAUACCUUGCAAAUUUUUCUUACGACGAAAUCGUUAAAGAUCGUUAAAGAUAAAAAUAUUUGAAAAAAAUAGAUCGAUCAUAUGUGAAAUAUAAUUUCAUCGAAUUUCGAAAUGCACGUUUAAGGUUCUUUAAAAUAUUACACGCUUCGUCUAAAUUCAAUUGCUUAUAACUCGUCAAUAAAUAUUCAUCGAUUAAUGAUAUCGAUUAAUAAUCAUUUACUUUAAUAAACGAGUCUCGACAUUG